UGAAAGGCAUUAAAGUAUUCCAUGCUUGUCAAUGCAUCGGGGUUUCGUGCAGUUGCCAUAACAACGGUACUUAUCUAAAAGCCCAUUGAAAUACUGUUGGUCCUUUUCGGGGCACAGGGGACUAAGUGAGCUUGGAUUUUAAUGGUCAUCCCGUAUUAAAGUUAUUCACAAACAUGUCUACACAGUAUUCUGGUUGUCUGGUUGACGCAUACAUGGAACUUUUCAACAGCCCCCUGGCCGUGAAAACUGCAGGAGGGUUUUCAUGUGGUUUUGCUAUAAAAUAGCAUCUUACGAGAGUAAAUGUACAUCUGUAUUUUCGUAGAAUCAAACACGAUUGUUAUCUGAUGGUUUGACUCAUGAUUUAGGGGAUGUACAUUCACAGCAGCUGUCAGGUCAGAGGUCAAAUCAACUCCAAGAUUUCAAAACAUUGUUGAAUAAUUAAUAAUAUGAACAUUUUGCGUUUGAGAAUAGUGUAAUUCUCAUUACUCAAAUUCAAAAUCCAUAAGUGUGAUUUGCAAGAGGCCAGAUGAGAACAUGGAGAUGGCCCAGUGGUGGACCGUGUGGGAGCCCCUCCCAGUGGGUCUGGCAUCCAGGUACUGCUCCCGCCCUCUGUCUAUAAAGCCUCUCACGGCAGCAUGGGCUUCAGAGACGCUCCAUCUCCUCUCCUUAUCCCCUCUCCUCAUCUCCUCUCCUGGCCGAGCCACUCUGCAGAGGCAUCUCCCGACAACUUCUUCAAAGGCGGCUAAGAGCCCACCUUGGUGCUCUGUCCUCCUGCCACCGCUCUGCCAGGAUGAGGUCCUCCCUGCACGCCGUCAUCUGCUGCUGCGUCUUCUCCUCCUUCCUCGCUCUGGAGAGGAACACGGACACAGUUGCCGCCGGCGCCACUCUGAAACGGAGGUUGGCAGUAUGGCUGCAGGGCCGCGUGAAGAGGGAGCUGUGCCACAGCUGUGCGAGGGCCAGCGAAGCCGCCCCCCCGUCUCAUUCUGAGGCCAGGCCCGAGGAGGGCCCAAAGGCCCUCGCACUUCAGCAGAGUUUGACUGACAGAUCUUCAAGGUCAUCAGCGAACAAAAACUCUGGAUGUUAUCUGAUAACGUGCACGGUGCACGACCUAAUUUUCCGGGUCCACCAGUUCAACGACAAGACGAUCGACCCCACUGCCCCCGGUGAUAAGAUCAGGCCCCAUGGCUAUGGACGUCGCCGGCGGUCCCUGAAGGACGGACCCCUUCGUGGAGCUCCGGGACGCACGGUUGUCCGUUCAUCGUCAUAGGGAAGACUUCCGUCGGGUAGGUUACUAACAGACUUGCGGCUGAUUAAGGCAGGUUCACGCAGCGGUUUGUACCCAAAAUAUAUCAGCCGAUGUGAAACCAAUAAGAAGAGCUUGGGGAUCAAGUCGAUGAACCUUUUUCCGCACUGGAAGGCGAUCUUUUGCACCAACACAGUCUCACAUCCCACCAGAGCUUUGUAGCUGAAGAGCAGGUUUUACAUUAAUUAAUGGACUUCAUGAGAGUAACUUUUCUAUGCUUCAGCUUGGCAACGCAGAUCUUCAUCUGUCCAGUGAGAUGGUAGAGG